GAAAUCAAAUUCAAAUUCUUUACGUCGAUCAUCAUCUUCACAAACUUCUUCUCUAAAACACUCUACAAUGUCUGCUGAAGUAUUUUAUAACCUUGAAACCCCUGAUAUUAAAAAGAAUCCUUUUAACUUUUCAGCUUGGAAAGGAAAUGUUGUAUUGCUCGUUAAUGUAGCAUCAAAAUGUGGUUAUACUCCACAAUAUUCUGGUCUUGAAAGUCUUUAUAAUAAAUAUAAAGACCAAGGUUUAGUUGUCGCUGGUCUUCCUUGCAAUCAAUUUGGUGCUCAAGAACCAGGAACUGAAGAAGAAAUUGUAUCCUUCUGUUCCGCCACCUAUAAUGUUACCUUCCCAUUAUUUGCAAAAAUUGAUGUUAAUGGUGAAAAUGAAUCACCCGUUUAUAAAUAUUUAAAAUCUCAACAACCUGGUGAUAUUAAAUGGAAUUUUGAAAAAUUCUUGAUCGAUAAAAGUGGUAAAGUUGUUAAAAAAUAUACUUCUUCCGUUAAGCCUGAAGAAAUCUCAUCCGAUAUUGAAAACUUAAUUAAGGAGUAAAACGAUGCAUUUUUUUUUAUUGAUUUAUUUGAUCACUGUUUUUUUUUGUUAAAUAUUAUUUUAUUCAUAUUAAUUUCAUAUAUUACUUACUCUAUUAAAUGUAUAAGAAUAUCUAAAUAAAAUUUUUGAUUUUUAUAAAACGGUUGUUGUG